UUCCCCGAUUACAGAAAUUCGCACAGAUGCGUCUGUAGUCUACAUACAGGCCCGUCUAUCGGAUACAUACGUCUACACGAAUGCUCCCGAUCGCUCCGGAGGCUCGCCGCGCCGCACAACGACGUCGGGCGCGCGCACGCCGCUCUGCACCUGUCAGCAGCCACCCCGCCAAAGACAUAGACCCCGACCUCUACCAUCUGUCCGUACGCCGCUGAAAAUGACAUAAUCAGCAUCGUUGAACCUAGGGGCAUGCACAUGAUUCUGACAAAAUCGCACUUUGCGCGUCCCCAUCGCCGCGGACCGAGACGCCCUUCAGACUGCACGUUCCACUCGACGCCAGGAGCCACCCGUCGCGUCGUUCAGACGCGUAUGGUCGAUAUGACCACUGGCAUCAUCGCACACGGCGCCGAGGGCCGAGUCUCAGCACACGGCCAGGACCUCGUCGCGCACGUCCCAGGCCGCCAUCAUGCAUGCGCUACGCUGCCCAGACCACCUCCUCGAGCUCACGAGCGUGCUGCACUCGUCCAGCGUGCUGCACACGUCGCACACGCCCAGACACGACGGCGCGCCCCCCACCGCAACGCUGCACCGAAAGAACAAACACUCACCUCGAACGGCGCCCGCACCGCUGCGCAUCCUCCACACCCCCACGGCGCAGCCGCCGUCGUGCGCCGCAGCCCGCGAACACCGCAUCGCCGCGUGCCCGAGCCGUACCGCGUCCAGCGCACGACCGCACACGCCCAGGGGAAGGAACUCGCGACGAGCUCGAGAGAGAGAGGAGAGCGCAGAACGGGAGGAGUGGGGGAUGUGCACGCUCCCCCGCCCGCGGCGCACCUCUUAAGCCCCCCUCUUCCGGGCAGGCCCCGCCCCCGCGACGCGCGCGGGCGUGCAGCCGACGCGGUCGCCCAGGCUACGUGGUCCGGCGCCAGCGCCAGCACGAGUGCCACCCCAGCCCCGAAUCUGCGAUCGCACGCGACGGCGCGGCCCUGGCUGCACGCCCGGAUCCGCCGCGGCGAGUACGCAGAUUGCAGAUUGUGCACGGGGGCUACGCGCUACGCGUGCUACACGGGCCCCACGCUGCGCGGGCCCUGCAUGCAGACAAUGCGUCGGCGGCCGGGCGUGCGGUGUGUGUCAGCUCGUGUGGAUGGGCUCCCGCGCUGCCCCUUCGACGAGGAGUGGGAGGAUUGGAGUGCGGGGCGAACGGACUCAGCGCCGCCGCCUUCUCGCUGCCCAGCGUUGGCACUUCCCGUCCGUCCGUGCCCACAGCACGCCAUGGGAUUUGCCUGGGCGCUGUGAGGCCUGCAGCACACGGUCGCCCCCUCGAGAUGAUGCUGAACAGCGUGCGGCGGCUCGCCGUUGGCGCUCUGCACCCGCCGUCUCCAACGUCCAUCACGAACACCUCCGCAUCUCGACCCUACCGCCGGGUUGCUAGUGAGCAGGCCUGCGCUCGGCACUGGUUGAGUCUGGCUCCGCGCCCGUCGCCCCCGCUUAACUCGCCUCUUGCGCCGCCGCCAAGGACCUAGCGAGGAGCUACACGGCGACGGGGCCGUGACAUCGUGUGUACGGUAUCUGCCCGCUCGCCCCUGCUCGCACGCCGCCCCGCCAUCCACGCCUGCCCGCCCGCCCAGAGAGCAGGGGCCCGCGCACCCGCACCCACACCCGUCGCACACCGAGUUGCGACUCGCCGCAUGUACCGUAAAUGGUGUGCCCGACACCCUGCACCUCUGCGGGCUCGGGCCUCCUGUUGAGCAAUCUACCGUCUUGUUCCCGACGUGCCCCGCCCCGCCGGAGUUGAAGAGUUGUGCAGGGCAUGCGCGAGAACGCACCAUGCGCGUACAUGUUUGUCCCACACAGACACAGCGAGGACGCCAGCCGUGCGCCGCUCGUGGCAGACAAGCAGAUGGCGGCGGCACCACGCCGCUAACGACCGACAUUCACCGUCCCCCACGUUGUAGCAUCACGAACGACUAGAACGCACAUGCGCUCGCGCGACGGAGACCGCGCUGGACGCGCCGGGCACGCCGCGUACGAUCUAGGACGAAACGAAUGCGCGAACAGUGACGCCGCGGCACUCUCGAGCGGACACGAUUUACGACGCUCGACUCUCGAGUACAUAGUGCGCCUCGAGGCAUCCCCGCCGCCCGCUAUUGCAGCGCAUCCCCGCCCGUUUGUGCACGGUGGCUCGCGGCGCCAUGGACGAUGCCACUGGCGUACAUCGAUCGAAUGCGCAUCUCAGUGCCGGGGGAAUUUAGCUUUGCGCCUCCGCGUCGAGCACGCCAGCCUCGACGUCUCACGCAUCACGCGGGCGAGGACAUGAAUCAUUAGACGGCAUUCACGCCGUACGGCCGUUCUCGCCCGCGAGGCGCUGUGCUGCACGGCAAGGGGC